CAUAAUUUUCAAAUUUCAAUUUUGAUUAAAAUUAAAAAUACCACUACAACAUUUAACAAAUAAUUCUAUAAUUAAUGCUUAGUGUAUACUUGCCUGUGAGUCAGAUUUUUCAUUUGAUUCAUUAAAUUCAAAUGCUAGCGGAUUAACCAUUAUGGAUCCUAAUAUUCCAAAUCAUUGCCCGGGCACUGAAAGCUCAUCUGCUGGUCAAGUAUCUGCAUGUCAAGGAUGUCCUAACCAAAAUAUUUGUGCAUCUGGUGUAACUCAACUUCCUGACCCAGCUUUAGAUGUAUUAAAACAUCGACUGUCUUCAGUGAAGUAUAAAAUACUCGUACUGUCUGGCAAAGGUGGAGUGGGUAAAAGUACAUUCACAUCGUUAUUAGCUAGAGUAUUGGCCAACGAAAAUGAACAGAAAAAUAUUGGAGUCUUAGAUGUUGAUAUUUGUGGACCAUCACUUCCUCUCGUAUUUGGUGUUGAAGAUGAAAAUAUACAUCAAAGUGGAUCAGGAUGGUCUCCUGUGUUUGUUGAAGAAAAUUUAUCGAUCAUGUCUGUUGGAUUUUUGCUAGAAAGUAAGGAUGAUGCUGUAAUUUGGAGAGGUCCCAAGAAAAAUGCUAUGAUCAAACAAUUUUUGACUGAAGUUGAUUGGGGUGACACAUUGGACUACUUGAUUGUUGAUACUCCACCAGGAACUUCUGAUGAACACCUUUCAUUAGUCCAAUUCCUUAAAUCAACUGAAAACUUUUCAGCAAUUGUUGUUACUACUCCUCAAGAAGUUUCUUUGUUAGAUGUCCGUAAAGAAUUGGAUUUUGCCAGAAAAGUUGGGUUACCUGUAUUGGGUGUGGUUGAAAAUAUGUCUACUUUUGUUUGUCCUAAAUGUAAAGUAACAUCUGAAAUAUUUCCAAAAAACACUGGAGGCGCUGCUCAGAUGUCACUUGAAAUGGGUGUUCCAUUCCUUGGAUCAGUUCCUUUAGAUCCUUCGUUGGGACGAUGUUGCGAUGAAGGUGUCAAUUUUAUUCAAAAAUAUGCCGGGUCGCCAACRGUUGUAGCUAUUAAAAAUAUUGUUGAAAAUGUAACCAGGAAUUUACAAUCAAUUUGAUAGAGCUGUUAAUUGUGAAAUGUUAUUAUUUUUUUAUAAUAUCCUAUAUAAUUAUUAAUAAUGCAAAUAAAAUGUCUGUCGAGAUAACAAAUCUGAGUUUUCUGUUUUAAAAAUUGUUUUAAUAUAAAAAAUAGAAAUAAUUUAGUUAUGAUAAACAAUAUAUUUUUAUAAUUAUA